GCUCUUUGAUAGCAACAAAUUGACAGGCAGCAUUCCGGAAACCAUUGGAGUCCUGGAUACUUUGGAAGCUUUGCGGCUUGACAGGAAUCAAUUGACUGGAGCUGUUCCUUCCAACCUCAAUAACCUGACCAAACUUGCAGAACUGCAACUAUCAAACAACCAGCUCAGUGGCCCCUUGCCGAACCUUACAGGAAUGGAUGCGCUUGCCUAUGUGGAUUUGAGCAACAACUCAUUUGAUGUAUCAGAUGUUCCACCUUGGUUCUCCACCUUGCCAUCAUUGACGACCUUAAUGUUGGAGUUCUUGAAGGUUUCAGGGCAAAUACCGGCAUCUCUUUUCGGCUUUCCCCAAAUGCAGAAGGCACGGCUGAGGAGCAACCUCAUCAAUGGCACACUGGACCUGGGCAGUCAAUACAGCAAGCAGCUUACUCUUGUCGAUGUGCAGGACAAUAGGGUUCAAGAACUGUAUUAUGGAGGGUACUCUAAUGAACUGCAACUUGAAGGUAACCCUUACUGCGAUCAACAAGGAUCAGUAAGCAAGUACUGCGAUGUUGCACAGCAAUCGAAUCCGGCAGCCACGUAUUCGACUCCCAUGCAAAACUGCGGAGCCAGUGUCUGCACCUCAGAUCAGGAGAUGAGCCCCAAUUGCAUCUGUUCAUAUCCAUAUGAGGGCACCAUUGUUUUCAGAUUCUUGACCUUCUCCAAUACAGAGAACUACACAUACUAUCAGACUCUAGAGAGAUAUCUUUCCGGGUCAUUCCAGGACAACCAGGUUCCUGUCGGCUCCCUGUCCCUGCAAAACCCAAAAAUAAAUCUCUACAAUUACUUCGAAGUUGAUAUGUGGAUCUUCCCUUCUAGCAAAGUUCACUUUGAUGAGCCUGAGGUUGUUCUACUUGCAAACCUAUUCAGCAACACCACUUUCAAGGCUCCUCCUGGUUUUGGGCCUUAUUAUUUCAUUGCCAAACCAUAUCCAAGUUCGAAAUCGAAAAAUGCAGGUUUGAUAGCAGGAAUUACAGUUGGAGGAUUGCUUCUUGCCUCUGUGCUAGCAGGUUUGAUCAUUUUCGCAAUUCGACGACGACGAAGAAAGGUUAAGAAGGCCACAGAACAAAGUCUGCCUUCUGGAUCAUGGUAUCCUAGCCAAGGUGGCAGUGGCGUCCCACAGCUGAAAGGAUCAAGAUUGUUUUCGUUUGAAGAACUAACCAAGUGCACGAACAACUUCUCAGAAGAGAAUGUUCUCGGGACCGGAAGCUAUGGAAAAGUCUACCGAGGAGCACUGGAUGAUGGGCAACUGAUUGCUGUAAAGAGAGCUCAACAAGGAUCUUUGCAGGGUGAACAUGAAUUCAAGACUGAGAUAGAGAUGUUGAGCAGAGUCCAUCACAGGAACCUUGUGGGCCUUGUUGGCUUCUGCUUCGACCACAAUGAACAGAUACUGGUGUAUGAGUACAUCCCUAAUGGCUCGCUAAGAGAUAGUCUUUCAGGGAAAUCUGGAGUUCACUUGGAUUGGAAGAAGAGACUACGAAUAGCACUCGAUGCAGCCAGAGGUCUCACCUACCUGCAUGAGCUCGCAAACCCCAGAAUAAUCCAUAGGGAUGUCAAGUCCAACAACAUCCUUCUCGACCACCAUCUCAACGCAAAGGUUUCUGAUUUCGGUCUCUGCAAACCACUGAACGACGACAUGAAAGGCUACAUCACCACGCAAGUAAAAGGCACGAUGGGAUACUUGGAUCCGGAGUACUACAUGACCCAGCACUUGACGGAGAAGAGCGACGUGUACAGCUUCGGCGUUCUGCUGUUGGAGCUUGUGACGGCGAGGAAGCCGAUAGAGCGUGGGAGAUUCAUCGUGAGGGAGGUGAGGAACGCCAUCAACAAGUCGCCGGACCUGCACGACCUCCGUGAGCUUCUCGAUCCUGCCGUCUGCAUUAACAGCACGCUGCCGGGACUCGAUCGAUUCGUGGAGUUGGCGAUGAAGUGCGUGGAGGAUUCGAGCGCCGACCGGCCAUGGAUGAGCGAGGUGGCGAAAGAGAUCGAGAACAUCAUGGUGUUGGCCGGCAUGAACCCGUACAUUGCAUCUGAAUCAAACUCUGCAAGCUUCGGAGGGGAACGCAGGAGCCAUCCUUACCAAAGUGAUGUUUCCUUUGACUACAGCGGUGGGCCGUACUCACCAAAAGUGGAGCCCAAGUGAGAGGAACGGAAGCUGCAUCUUGAGUUCAAGAUCUAAGUCGGCCAUGUGGAUAUAGAUUGUGUGCUCGUUUGAGAGUAUUUGAAUUGUGUGCUGUAUAUGAUUCGGAUGGUGUUCGUCUGAGUGCUAAAUACUUAACAAUUGUUUGCAUAAAUAAUAUUCCAGUUUAGUCUCGUAUCGAAA